AUGUUAAUAACUCUAUUAAAAGUAAAAAUUUUAAGAGAUAGAUUGGACAAAGGCAAGUAUUUUUAUUGUAAAAAGGUAAGCAACUUUGAACAUUAUUUAAAGAAAAUGAUAGCUGAGAUGAAUUUAGUAUCUAAUAAAGAAUCUAAUAUUACAAAUAAAAAGGUUUAUAGUAUUUUUAAAAAUGGUUUACCUGGUGUUUAA